GACUCAGAGCAGCAGCAGGACUCACAGCCGAGGAACCAGCCGCAGCCAGUUCACAGCAGCAGAAGAGUUGGGACACAUUUAGUACAUUUAAAAAAGGUUCAUGUCACGUUGCUGAUGACGACGGGACUUGUAUAAGUACAGAAGGAUCGAUAAAAGACACCCGGAGAACCACGUGACUCGGGGUUGAACUUUUUUUCCUGCCAGAACCAGUUGGGCAAGGAGCGACACAGUAAAGAUAAUGGAGGGCCUGCACCCCCACUGCCUCAAAUGCUUCAACAGAAGAUGCAUGGUGAGACCAGAGGCCGACGUUUGCUGCAACCUCAUCUGCUGUCCUCUUGUCUGCGGGGCAGUUUUUCACUCGUGCAAACUAGAGGAACACCGUCUGCUGUGUCCAUAUGAACGGCUGCCGUGCCUCAACAGCGUUUUUGGCUGCCCGUUCACCAUUGCGAGGAUCAGGAUGGCACAGCACCUUGCGACGUGCCCGGCCAGUAUAGUGUGCUGUACUAUGGAGUGGAAUCGCUGGCCCGUGAGCUACUCCGAUCAGAAGUCCUAUGAAAACUUGAGCAAAGACUUUGCCGAGGUGGAGCAGCUAGACAUGGCCUUGGCUCUGCAGGAUCAGAGGAUGUUGUUGGAGUCCCUGAAGGUCACGACCACCGUGUCAAGGAAUGGAGAUAAGGAAGCAGCUGAAAGUGACAAAAUGGCCACUGCAUCAAGUCUACCAGAGACAGUGUUAGGUAAUGGAACAGUUGAAAUGGAAGAGGAGCCCUAUAGUGGGGUGUACAGAGCCUCAGUGGAUACGAGCAGAAGUUUAGCAGCGGCCUUGGACAUCCUUGCUAAUGCCAAGGAUAUUGAAGUAAUUGUUGGGAAUAUAAAUGGCGAAAAGACUGAGAAGAACGGAGCCCUCCACAAUGGAGAAAAUGGUGACAGUCGUGAUGUUUAUGUCGCGGAGGGUGUGAAGAAUGUAGAUAUGCAGGAGAGCGACUCUGAUUCAGAAUGCGAGCUUGGAGCCGUAGGUGGAGUGGAUUGCGCAGUCGGGACGGAUGGAGAGGAAGAUGCCAUCAGCUGGGUGGAAGAAAACGAUUUUGUGGAGUUGUUUUUUGAAGAGAAGGAAAACAUAAUCGAGGAGCCAAUAAAUGAGUCCAACCGCGUCUGGCCUGAGGUGCCUCAGAAUUACGUGCCUGUUGUCGCACUGGAGCCUCCGGUGCUACAACAAGCACCAGUUCCACGUCCGAUGCCAUUCCUGCUGUCCGAACAUGUGAGAAAUAAUUUCUUACAACAGUUACCCACUGAACUCAGGUAUAGGUGUUUAGAGCGUAAACUACAGAAUGUAGAAGUGCUCAGAGGAAUAAGUAUGUUUACAUUUAAUGGACGUCGGGCUCUGCUGUCAGACCCUUACUUGUUUCGAGCAAAGAUGGAGGACAAGUCCGUAGACACAUCGGACCUGGAAGUAGCAGAUGACCCCAUGGGGCUCCACGGCAUCGAUCUCAUCACUGCGGCGUUGCUCUUUUGCCUCGGUGACUCUCCAGGAGGCAGAGGAAUUUCUGACAGCAGGUUUGUCGAUGGCUACCACAUCGACUUCGGUACUCAGACGUUCUCCUUCCCUUCAGCCAUUCUUGCGACCAACACAAUGGUGGGAGACAUCGCUUCGGCCUCAGCCUGCGAUCACGCCAGCCCACAGCUCUCCAAUCCGAGCCCCUUCCACACUCUCAGACUGGACCUGGUGCUCGAGUGUGUGGCCCGAUACCAAACAAAGCAGCGCUCCAUGUUCACGUUUGUUUGUGGGCAGCUGUUCCGGCGGGAUGAGUUUUCGUCUCAUUUCAAAAAUGUUCACGGGGAUAUUCACGCCGGACUCAAUGGCUGGAUGGAGCAGCGCUGCCCCUUGGCCUACUACGGCUGCACCUUCUCCCAAAGACGAUUUUGCCCGUCUGUACAGGGCUUCAGAAUCAUCCACGACAGGCACCUCGGCUCGUUUGGGGUGAAACCGGGUUUGCCCUUAAAUGCUGGCGACAACCUCCCAAGUAGACCCUAUCGCUUUGGCUCUCGGUGCGAUCAACUCAGCAAUCUCCCAUUCGAAAUACUGCAACAUGUAGCAAGCUUCCUGGACAGCUUCAGCUUGUGCCAACUGUCCAGAGUGUCCCGCACCAUGAGGGACGUGUGCGCUAGUCUGCUCCAGAUGCGCGGCAUGGUCGUCUUGCUGUGGGAGAAGAAACGGCGUGCUGAUGGGUCUCCUUCAUGGCAGAUCACAGACAAGGUGUGGCGAUUCAGCACAGCCUUUGGCACAGUGAAUGAGUGGAAGUUUGCCAACAUCGCCAGCAUGGCCGACCACCUCAAGAAGUGCAAGUUCAAUAAGAUUACUCGGCGGGAAGAGGCGAUCCCUCUGCCCUGCAUGUGCUUCACACGGGAGCUCACGAAAGAGGGAAGGUGUUUACGCUCAGUUCUCAAACCAGUAGCAUAAGAUGAAGGCAUCUUUUGGACUUCUGAGACCAUUACAACUGCAAAUACACGUGUAGUUUCCUCCAGUGUUUACAGACAUAAGUCUCUUCCAGCCUCAAAAACAAAACUCUUCCUAGUUGAACAUUGUAAACUGUUGUUUGCCCUUUGCUUCACAGUGGAAAUAAUCUUCACUCCCCUAAAUAAGGCAGAGCUAGUAGCAGGCUGAUGUGUCCGAUAGCAGAGGCUGUCGUGCUCCAGUCACAGAUCAGGACUGUAAACAAGCAAAGUAAAUGCUCGCCUUGUAUCUUCCACUUUUAUGGAUUUAUUAAUAGCAGUGUACUGAAGUUUUACUCUUAUCUACCCCGACAUUGUAUAAAUAACCAGAUGUUUUGAUGUAGAUUUGUUUUUUAUAUCAAGAAGUCAGUACUGUGCUACAAUGGCGGUAAGAGUACAGCCUUAACUUAUGAUACACUUGAUUUUCUAGUCAUGAGGUUGUUCUGAACAUCUCAGUGAGAUUUACAGUUUACUGGUAUCCUGCACGGUUUUUUAUAUCUUAUCCUGAUACCUAGAGUGACCACGUGUGUUCUGCUAACUGCUCGUAGAGUUCUACAUUUUAAAGACUGACCAAACAUCUGUGUUAGGCCACUUUACCGGACUGUCCUCACUGUGGGUGUUGAUCAUUUGUUCACCAUCAUCAUGUUUGGUGUUUAAAUGUAGUGUGGUUUGGCACGUUAUAGCAGUAACAAAAGGCGGUCCAUCUUCCCUUUUCUCUUAUCUUGCCUCUGACUAAUGGGCUGGCGUGUUAGUCAGAUGAGCGAUGAAGCAACACCAUUCAACAGCCCCACAGCAAAACAUUUUUAGCUGUGGUUGGCCUGUGGUUUGUCUGUUCUACCAGCUAUGUUUAACCAGCAAUUGUUAGUAGGUUUUAUACAAAACAAAACAAAUGUAGCAACAUGAUGAAUGUACUCCAUCAGUGACUGCGGUCAGCUCGGUUUGCCUCCCUCAGCGUCAGACCUCAUAAAAACCCUGCAGGCCAGGUGUUAAGAAAUUAAACGGGCACACGCUUCCCUCCAGAAAUGAGCAUCACUAAUCGUGUUCAUAGUCAUUAUUUAUCAUGGUUGUAUGUUUUUCUCACUACAUGUCCACUGUGUUCUAAUGUCGUUGGCGUCUCAGGGUUAUAGCAUGAAGCUUUGUCGCGCAGCACAUUAUGUGUAGUCAACAGAACCAGCUGAGAACGACAUGGAGACUUGUCAGCUGCUUGACUGUUGUGGGGGUCUUAGAGGACCUGACUGGUGUACCGCUCAGUAUUCUAAUAACAUAACGGUGUGUGUUGCAUUAAUGGACGAACAAAUUUACAUGUUUGUCAUCCAUCAGCGUUGUGUUUAUAACUGAGUAACUGAAAAUAGCGUGUCACCAGAAAUGCUGCGUGGACGUUCUAUGAAGCGAUCAGACUUGAACACCUUUUAUAUAUUUUUUUUUGUUUGGAUUUAGAAACGCGUUCUAACAAAACAUGAACAUGACAUAUUUUGCUCACUUAUGUUAACAUGUUUUGCAAUGUGAAUUGGAGAUUGUUUGAAAAUGUAACCGAUUACUGCUAAGAAGAAAAUGAAUAAUCCUUUGAAGGAAUUUGUGUGAUUUUGUUUUUUAUAUUUUUGAAGUUUGAUGUAAAGCCCAAGUGACGACAGAGAUAAGCUGUCUUUUUAUUCUAAUAAGUCCCGAUCCAUGUUUGGUUUUUUUACUUAUUUUCUUGUACUGGUACUUUUAUUUAGAAAAAAAAAAAACUAUUUGCCACUGUAAUGUUUAGAUUUGUAUUUGAAUUAUUGAUUUGCACAUGAAGGCAUGUACUGUAAAAUUUGAAUUAUAAUGCUGAAAGGUUGUCUUUGCUAAAGUAGCCAGAUUUUCACUCCCUCAUGUUUUGCAUGUGAGUUUAAUGUCUUUGAACGAUUGUUUCAUCAGUUUAACUCCAAGCAGUUUUCAUACAGAUUAUUCCUCAGGCACAGUGCAUCGGUUUUAAACAUCAUAAUAACUUUAUAAAACUUGUGUCAUAGUGAACCUCAGCCAGAUCUGAUCACAUGCCCUCAUUCUUCAGGUUUAGUGGAUGGAGUUGAAUGGAUGACCUGAGAACUGAAUUAAUCUUUAGUUCUACUGAGGUUCAUACAACAAUAAUAAAAAAAAAUGCAUUUCAUCUGCAGAGCACCGCUUUUGUUGUUUUUUUAGGAAUGCAUUGCAGGCACUUUGUUUUCACUCCUGCUGAAGUGUGUUUUUCACUACAAUAUGCCAGCCUCAUUUGUUUGACUUUUGGAGCAUUUUAAUAAAGAGGAUCUCAG